AUGAAUCCGGCAAAGAUACUAAGCGCGGACAAUCCUUUGCUAUACAUCGGAUUUGUUGUUUCUCCGGUGGUCGGGUACAUUCCACAGAUUCUUGCACGAGACAUCCUCCUUUCUCCACUGGUAUCGACCUUCUUCAUCAUGUCGAACAUACUCAAAGUCUUCCACUACAGCUUCGAAAGAUAUUCCGAGUUCCUUCUGGCACAGUACAUCUUUUCCAUUCUGCUGCACAUGUCUCUGAUAGCCAUGAAUAAGAGGCCGUUGAGCACGCAUGAAGCAAGGGUACUUGGGAACAGAACAACAAGGCUGCUUUACAGAAAGUAUGGGGUCAAGGGAAGUGUUCUGGGGAUAGUAUGCGUGUUUAUAUUCUGUGUAAAUCUGUAUGGAGUACUCUAUGGAACCUACGAGCAUUGCGGGAGGCUUUCAUCAGCCCUCGAAAUAGGAGUCAAUCUUUUCCAGCUGGUAUUGGAAAGAGAAGAAAAGAGCCCCAAGAAUGGAAAGGACGAGCUUAAAAGGUCUCCAAAGGAGGUCUACUGUUGCUGGAUAAUAGGCGAUGUGAUUAAGAUAUGGCUUAUGUCGAGCGUUAGGGCACCAAUCGUCUUCAUUGGAACGAUAGUGAUUCAAAUUUUCAUCGACAUUUUUUUGAUUUUCUCCUAG